GUUACCUACGAGCUAGCCCAUUAAACGGUCGAAAUGAUUCUGGGAGCAACAGUCUUCAGGCAUAGAUUGCUGGGACCCUUCGCAUACGCCAUUUCUUCUGUCCUCCUAUGUGAACUUCAUCUAAUCUGGACUUGUACUACAAUAUCAGCUGUUCAACUCCCACUCCAGUCGUUGUUUAUGCACGCAGAUACAAGGAAGCGGAGAAUUUUAGCAGCACCCGCAUUUCUCUACGGGAUACUUCGGGCCCUGAUGUAUCAAGUGCUGGAUUUCAUGGAAUGGUCAUCAGAUACUUUCUCCAAGGAACAAGUCUACCCAGGAAUAAGCCUGCGGGCCAGCGCAGAAGUGCUAGCAGUGAUUGUUCUGCUUGGUCUUCGUGUGUUGGCGCUACUGCCCGCGUCGAUUAUGCUCACCUUGACGGAAGCGAGUGUUUUACCUGGGACACUGGAAACAGUAAUUCCUUCACCGGAAAAGCGACGGGGAGCGGUGAUUGGGGAAUUGCUAGGCGGACCCCUUAAUUUAUCAACUUUUAUCGGCGCUCUAAAGCCAUUCGACAUUUCUCGGGUUUUGUGGCUUGUGGAGCUUCACCCAAAGAAGUGUUUCAUUCGGAUAGUCUUCCGAGUUGCUCGCUUUGUCACUUCUCCCAGUUGCUAUUCAGUAAUACAGACUGCCAUAACCCAUUGCCUGGCAAUUCAAACACUCAAGUCAUCUGAAUUCUGUUUCACGCAUAAUAUCCGUCUGUCACAGUGAUUAUGUUCUCUCUAUAUCUGUACAUUGCUGGAAAGCAUUUUCUUUAUGAACAGAACAGUAAGCAGUAAAUGACAUUGUGCUUUUCACAUACAGGGGCUCAAAGGCUUGAUGAACUGCAAGCACUGGCAUCCAGCCAGUGGGUACAGCAAUUGUCUCAUAUUAUGCAGUGUAAAUGAGCCACAUGGUAUUCAACUCAUCUGGCAUCAAACAUUGCUAGCACAAGACCAGCUGCUGGAGCUGGAGUCUUCAUGGAUUGCCACGCCAGACACGUAGAGACCCAAACCGCACUGGGUAA